AUGCUGUACAAAACCCUCCCCGCCUCCUGCACAGGGCCGCCCCGCCACAGGGCCGCCCCCCCACAGGGCCGCCUCCUGCACAGGGCCGCCCCGCCACAGGGCCGCCUCCUGCACAGGGCCGCCCCGCCACAGGGCCGCCCCGCCACAGGGCCGCCUCCUGCACAGGGCCGCCUCCUGCACAGGGCCGCCCCGCCACAGGGCCGCCCCGCCACAGGGCCGCCUCCUGCACAGGGCCGGCCCGCCACAGGGCCGCCCCGCCACAGGGCCGCCUCCUGCACAGGGCCGGCCCGCCACAGGGCCGCCCCGCCACAGGGCCGCCCCGCCACAGGGCCGCCCCGCCACAGGGCCGCCUCCUGCACAGGGCCGCCUCCUGCACAGGGCCGCCCCGCCACAGGGCCGCCCCGCCACAGGGCCGCCCCGCCACAGGGCCGCCCCGCCACAGGGCCGCCCCGCCACAGGGAUUGCAUAAUGUUCCCGCUUCUCUGCCUUGUACCGCAGCUUAUUUGCAUGAUAGGAGAAAGAUUGCAUACGACGUUAUAA